AUGGCGGAUGAACUCCCGUUAUGGUUUCCACCCGAUAGUAGCGACGAUUCAUCCAAUAUUAGCAUUCUUUUUUUUUUCCAAAAUCUCAUCGAAGACGCCGAACUUCAAGAGACAGGAACAUCUAACCGAAGGAGAUAUAUUGAACGUCAACGUGAGGUGGGGCGUGAGACACUCAUGGCGGAUUAUUUUGACGAAGACCCGAAAUACAACGACGAUAUUUUUCGUCAUAGGUUCCGUAUGUCGAAACGUUUGUUUCUAAAAAUUGUGAACGAUGUGGAAGAGAACGAGUGGUUUCAAGAGGCCCUCGAUGCGCGAGGUAGUAAGGGCUUUACGCCGUUGCAAAAGGUGACAUCGGCUAUUAAACAACUCGCAAUUGGUAACACUCCAGACGAGAACGACGAGUACUUGCAUACGGCCGAAAGAACUUCCCGCGAGUGCCUAGAAUAUUUUUGCGACACGGUUUGCAAAAUAUACGCUCCCGAGUUUUUACGUAGACCAACAAGCCAUGACAUGACACUUUUAUACGAAGCUCAUGAGGAAAAAACAUCACCUUCCAGGCUUUUGCAUGAUGUGAAUGUUGAGGUGUUUUUGCUGUUCUUGGUGGAUUUAGGCUUCGUGUAG